UACUAAGUACCUAGGUACCUUGAGAGAAUGUUAAGUUUGCGAUGGCGACUUUUCCCGAUAAACCCAAUUAUAUAACAUUUGAAUAUUGUAUAGAAUUAUAAGGCCUCUAUUAAAUUCUUUGCCAAAAGUAAGUUUAUUUGAGAAAAGAAGAAAACAGGAAAAUGUCAGGCCUUCAAGCGAUUCGAUAUUCGCGGGGCAAAUUAGAAGUCCUCGACCAGCUGAAAUUGCCCCACGAACAUCACUACGAUGAAGUCUUAACAAGCGAGGAGGCGUUUGACAGCAUAAAGUCAAUGAGAGUUCGAGGCGCACCGGCUAUAGCCAUCGUGGCAGCGUUAGGUCACGGAGUCGAAUUACAUAAUGGGAGUUGCAAAGCUUCGUCCUCAGAAGAGACCAUAUCUUACAUCGAUUCGCGCCUAGAUUACCUUAAGCAAUCACGGCCAACAGCCGUAGAUCUUACUAAUGCCAUCACACAUCUCAAGAACACUAUCCGGUCCGUCGACGUAUCUGGAAAAGAGAACGGCACAGCUGGACGGGAUGCUAUAAUUUCUGCAUACAUCGCCGCUGCAGAGGAAAUUUUCCGCAAAGACACGGAAACGAAUCUCUCGAUUGGCGAACAUGGGAGCAAGUGGCUACUCGAGAAUGCGCCGACAAAGUCUGCCGACGGCAAGGUCUCCGUUUUGACGCACUGCAACACAGGGUCGCUUGCUACAUCGGGACACGGCACAGCGCUCGGUAUCAUCCGAUCCUUGUAUUCAGGCGGUCAUCUGUACCACGCGUUCUGCACCGAAACCCGACCCUACAACCAAGGAAGCCGACUUACUGCCUUCGAGCUAGUGUAUGAGGGGAUACCCUCGACGCUCAUCACAGACUCAAUGGCAGGCGCCCUAUUCGCCACUAAAAAGGCCGAAAACAAUAUCGCCGCCGUCAUCGUAGGGGCAGACCGAGUUGUGCGCAAUGGGGACACCGCUAACAAGAUUGGCACUUACGCUCUCGCUGUACUUGCCAAGUAUCACGGAUUAAAAUUCAUCGUAGCGGCGCCUACGACGAGCAUUGACCUGCAAACCGAAACCGGCGCUGGAAUCAAGAUCGAGGAACGCAAGCCUGAGGAGCUGACGCAGAUCAGCGGAGCCGUGGUAGGGGAAGACGGAAAGGUAGACGUCAGUCGCACCGAACGCGUAGCAACUGCACACCAGGGAAUCGCUGUCUGGAAUCCCGCAUUUGACGUCACUCCAGCUGAGCUCAUCGAUGCCGUGGUCACGGAGAGGGGUGUCGUCGUGAAAGGUGCAGAUGGAACCUUUGACUUCAAAGACAUCAUGCCAGAAAGGUGGGCCAAGGUUGUGGGAAAAUGAGAGUUGGCUCUCAAGGAAUGAAAAAGGAAAAUCUAGAAAGCGUCAUCUCGGCGGUCAAGCGUAAAGGCAUCUCAUCUGUAG